AUGAGCCGCCCACGCCCUCGCCUGAGAAAUGGCGUCGAUCUGCAGCUGCAGUCUGCUUUCCAGGACGGUCACUGGCCCGUCGUCAUCCGUCUGGCCGAGAAGCGGGCGCGUACCUUUCAGGACCAGUAUUUCGAGAUUGUCAAGAUAUGUGCCGAGAGCCAGCUCGACGACCCCGUGGCCAAGUUCGCCGCCGUGGCUGCCGUGAGGCAGUUUGUCAGGGCCGGGACCGUCGUCAAGGACGUCGACGCCAUUGACCUGCUCGAAUGGGCCACCCUCGACUUGAUGGACGAGGCUGACUUUGCCGAGUCCCUUGGCGCCCUGCGCGUGAGAGCGGCAAAGGCCUCGCCAAAGGACAGGAACGCCGUCACGCGCUGCCUCGAGUCAUGCUUGCUGCACUGGGACUUGGUGAGCGCUCAACAGAUUGCCGCCAUCCUCGACAGGUCUAUUCCCAGCGAAAGGUCGUUUCUGUUCUGGAAUAUCGUCAUUACGCACAUGCUGGCGACGAGCUCGCAGUCCCCCCCGGAGAAGCAGAAACUCUACGGCACCCUCGCCCUAAAGCAGAUUGAACGUGCUGCGCAGCUCACCGAAGAGGCCAGGAAAACUGCCGCAACUGAUGAGCCCCCAACCCUUCCGGCGCGAGGCAUCCAGACGGAGCAGGAGAUUCUUUUGCUCUACGACAUUGUCGAUACCCAUGGCACUGCAGCCGACUUUGAUAAGCUGCUGGCCAGCCCGGUGUUCAGCCCUGUGUCGCAGUUUCGCCUCGGCCGCAAAGAGCCCUUUCUGCAAGCUCUGGCGAGCUAUCAACGCAAUGGCAACUGGGAAACCGUCCUCGACCUCUGCCACGACUGCCUGUCGGACGCUGACGAGGACGAUGAGCCCACGUUACUGGCCUCGGACUGGCUGGUCUGGCGCCAUUUCAUUGACGCAGCCACCCACUUGAAGAGUGUUAGACCCGACGCCACAAAGGCCGUCCAGCGUGUGCUGCUCGCCCUGGUCAAGUCCAAGAACCUGCGGCCCAUCUACAGGCGCAACCUCUUGCUGGCCCGGCUAUCGGCCGCUUUCAAUCUCGGCCCAGGGGAUGAAGAGGACUUGCUGAACGGCGAGCCCUCAUCUCUGCGACUGCGUGAACUCAUCAGCUUCAUAGACGACCAGAGGGCCAGCUCGGCCUGCUUCGACGACAUCAGGAGCUUCGUGGAAAAGCUCGACGUGUCGGCGGCACAGUUUCUCGCAUACCACCACGUCCCGCAGUUUGCCGACGCCGGGGCCGACGCCGGGGCCGAUGCCGAGGCGACGGCUAGGAUACGGCUGCUCUCGCUCAAGCUGCAGUAUCUCCUCACGACGUGCCCCUCGAGCGCCGUGAGGGUGUCCGGACAGAAGCCCACGUCCAAAUGCGCAAUCUGCGACGCCUCGUUCGAUGUGGCCAUGUGUCCUCCGUGCCUUUCCGGCAUCGGCCGCAGUGCCCUCAGUCUCUAUGCACAGACAAGCAAGGAAUUGGCUGAUGACCCUGUCGCCGACAAUGAAAUCCUACCGGAAAUUUCUUUGGCCGUGGCCUUUUGCAACCUUAAGCUCGCCUUUAACGCUGAUCGGCCUGGAUUCAUCCCAUCGGCCUCAUCCUCUACGCAACACCUUCUUCGGGCGCUCUUCAUCCUCGAGAGCCAGCUUCGCCUCACCCCGAAGCACGGCCCCAUAUCGCUCAUGCUGGUGCAGUUGCACCUGGCGCUGGGCUCGGCGCACAAAGCCCGCCAAGUCUGGAACGAUCUCGCCGUGAAGCGCACAAUCGUCGACUCCCUGGCCCCCAUGUUCUACGAUCGGCUGUCGACAAUUGCGCCCGCGGUCCUCUCGCCUUCGGACAGCUGGGGCUGGCGACUGACGGAGACGCUCGAGUCACAUUACGCAACAUCUCUCAAGCUCUGCAUGCCGAGGCGGCUGGUUGACGCCUUUGAAGCAGGAAGCUACCGUAGCAUCAUGGAUAUUCCCAAGUACAUUGAGAAUCUCCGAGCGAGCUGCACCAGGAUGAUGAGUCUUGUCGAGGAGUCGCGGGCAGAGAGGCUCCUGGGCAUGUCCCCAAGAAGACCGCGCAACGAUGCCCGGUUUGCCGAGGUGCCUGACGAGCUCUUCUUGAGCGAGGUCAUCGACUACGGCUCAUUCCCAUCGUGGGACUGCAGUUCUUGCCCGCCUGUGCACGCGUGUUUGCGAAUCGGCCCUCCGCCUUCGAACGAGCGGUCCCACCUGUCGCUCUUGGCGGAAGCAUUCCACGAUGCGCUAAACUACAAACCACCUUCAACGUACAAAGCGUCCGCAGCUGCCGGCACAGACCAGGUCUUUGUCUUGGAGAUGAUGGCCCGGCUUGGCCAUUCCUUCUCCAAGUUUCUGGGCGGCGGCGGCGCCAAGUGCACCCCGGAGGAGAUGCUGUACUACGAUGCCCUAAGCUUACUUUGCAUGCUGAUGUCGCUCGUUACUGGCAUGGCCCGCAAAGGCGCGCUGCCAGACGUUUUUGGCUGCGUUACCGAGUCGCUGCGGACCGCCCUGGAGAGCCUUGCCGCCGGCGUGGCGCGCAAGGGGGACCAGGGGAUCGAGCAAGUGACUCGGACUCUCAAGUCACUGCACGGCAUCGCCAUGCUUCGGGAGACGGCCUGGGCGGUGAGGCUGGCGUCGCGGUGGAUCUUGGACUACAACGAGCGUGAAAAGGAGCGCGACCGCUCCGGCGGUAGCAGCCUCCCCAAGGAAGUCGUUGCGCAGGUAAAGGGCCUGCAGUCUGCGGCCGAGACAGCUCUCGGGGCGGGCAGGGAGCUCGUCAGGGGCGUGGCGGGCGACGGGGCGUUAACGGGGAGGGACGCGGUCGCCCAGCUCAGGCGGUGGGUGUUUGGGGGCGAGGAGGCGCUGGGGGACGUGGUUGGGGACGGGGCCGUGGCGGAGCUUGUGGAGAGUUGGAGCAAGGGCGUUGCGGGGUGGAAACUGGUCAAGUGGGAAUAG